GACGUCAACGGUGUUGGUUAAUUUUUCAAAAAUACAAUUGAAAGUCUGACAAUUUCGUUUACUUUUAAAUGAAACUACAAGGCACUUAGUGCUGCAUUGAUUCUCUCGAAAAUAUUUCGUCCGUGAUGCCUUGACGAAAGGAAUACCGCUCCCGAAUUCGCUGCAUUUAUUGCAUAAACAAGUUGUCUUCCGAUUGACAGGGUUUGUCUAAACAAAAGUGCUAAAAAGCGUUUAAUUAUGUCAACCACGGAAACCACGGUUAUUUUUGCGAAAUUGGAGGCUCUGAAAGACAUUAAGUCGAAAACUAUUCAACUGGAGAAAAUGAAGCAAAGAAUUUUACAAGAGGUGGAACAGACAGAGCAAGAAGAGAAAUGCUUAAUAGAAUACAAACAGGAAAUGGAUCUCCUGAUGCAAGAAAAAAUGGCACAUGUCGAAGAAUUGCGGCAAAUACAUGCAGAUAUUCAUGCUAUGGAAGUUGUUAUUAAGCAAGCAGAGGAAGCCAGGAACAAGGCAAGGGAGACUGCAAAAUUGAUUCAUAAUAAUGACUAUCAACCUCUGAAGCACGACAUUGAUCGCAUGCGCAGAGAAUUCUUAGGACUGGAAAGAUUACCAGAAUUGUAUGAAACAGAAUCGGAUCUCAUUUCACCAGAGUGGUUUGUUCGCAGCUAUUUUGAUCGUCCUAUGCAAAAGGCAGAAUGGAGGGUGGAAGUACGGGGUGAAGACUUAUUACCUCCUCUUGCCUUACACCAUCCUAGUCAUCCAGGUAGUUCUACACCUUUCCUUGCCCCUCAACCCCUUCAAGGUCCAAGUAAACCAGAGCCAAGACCAUUACCCCCAGCACCAGGUCCACCUGCUCCAACAUUCAGGUACCACUGGCAACAACCGCCUCCAAUGAAGUCAUGUUUAUCAUGCCAUCAACAAAUUCACAGAAAUGCACCUAUUUGCCCCCUCUGUAAAGCUAAAUCUCGAUCACGUAAUCCCAAAAAGCCAAAGAAAAAAGACUAAUUGUAACUGUAAGUGUA